AUGAGCAAUGAGGCUUGCUGCACGUGCGCCGCAUUAUUGUCCUCGAUCCCGCCUAACUACGACGAGAAGACAGAGAAGCCCGUAGCCAGACACGAACGUCGAUUAGAUUGUUGUGUCCGUGCUAUAUGUGCGCGCUGUACGACAGAUAAUCCUCGCUUCCAGACGUAUUGCCCGUUCUGCCAAAUCUCCCUCAUGCCUACAGCUUUGCCGCAAGGUCUAAAAGACCCUCCACCGUAUGCUCCUCCGGCUGACGACCUCGACGGCGAAGAGGGCUAUGAGAGCUCCAUUCCAGAUAGUAUGUUCACGUCCACGUAUUCCGAGUUGCCGCAAUAUUCCGAUCUGUAUCAACGGCCGCAAUGGCUUUCCGAAAAGCAAUCCCAGGUAGGCGAGGACGUUCUACACUUUGUAGACCCGGUCAACGAUAGCGUGAAUACGCUGGCCAUACGGUACGGCGUACCUGCAGAUGCUAUAAGGAAGAAGAACGGAAUAUUCCAGGACAAUCUGCUAGCGGGCCGCAAGACGAUCCUGAUUCCGGGAGAAUACUAUAAGGGUGGCAUAAGCUUAUCGCCACAGCCAAUCGACGGCGAGGAAGAGGAAUUACGAAAGAGCAAGAUUCGAAAGUGGAUGGUGGCCUGCAAAGUACACGAUGUCCCGCCAAAGUACAGAUACGACGUAGCCAUCCUUUACCUCAAGCAGGCAGAUUACAACCUUGACGCUGCAAUACGUACGUACAAGGAAGACGAGGAAUGGGCUGAAAAAAACCCAAUGCAGAAAGACAAGGGCAAGGCGCCCACCAAGACUCGAAGUGGACGCUUCGGGUUCGCAGGUGGCUUAACAGGGCAACUGGGCUAG